CCUUGGCUGCCGGAAGUGGGCGUAUCCGGAAGUGCUCCUACGGAAUCCGCCGGGGCCGCGCGCGCCAGUUCACCAUGGCGACGGCGGGCGUCCCGCAGCGCUUCUGCCGCUGCGCCUGCUUCUGCUCCGAGAACUUGUACGUGGCGCGCUACGGGCUGCACGUGCGUUUCCGGGGCGAGCAGCAGCUGCGCACGGACUACGGCCCCAUCCUGCGCAGCCGAGGCUGUGUCACCCCCAAGGACUUCCAGCAGCUGUUAGAAGAGCUGGAGCAGGAGGUGGAGCGGCGGAAGCGCCUAGGGCAGGAGUCGGCUACCAGGAAAGCCCUCAUCGCCAGCUCCUACCGCCCGGCACGGCCUGAACUCUACAGCUCACUGCAGGAUGUGGCCCUGGCCCCCGAGUUUCUGGCCGCAGCCGAGUACAGCGCAUUGCCAGGUGCAGACCUCAAGGGCCUCCUCCAGCGGCUGGAGACAGUGUCGGAGGAGAAGCGGAUCUACCGGCUGCCGGUGUUCACGGCGCCGUUCUGCCAGGCGCUGCUGGAGGAGCUGGAGCACUUCGAGCAGUCGGACAUGCCCAAGGGAAGACCCAACACCAUGAACACCUCUGGGGUGCUGCUCCAUGAGCUGGGCCUGGACGAGCCGCUGGUGACGCCGCUGCGGGAGCGCUUCCUCCAGCCACUGAUGGCCCUCCUUUACCCGGACUGUGGCGGAGGCUGGCUCGACAGCCACCGAGCCUUCGUGGUCAAGUAUGCACCAGGCCAGGACCGAGAGCUGGGCUGCCACUAUGACAAUGCCGAGCUGACCAUCAAUGUGUCCCUGGGCAAGGCCUUCACCGGGGGCGCCCUAUACUUUGGGGACCUCUUCCAGGCGCCUUCGGCCCUGGCCACGCCCCUGGAGGUGGAGCACGUGGUGGGUCAGGGUGUGCUGCAUCGGGGUGGCCAGCUGCACGGGGCCCGGCCCCUGGGCACCGGCGAGCGGUGGAACCUCAUCGUCUGGCUCCGGGCCUCCGCUGUGCGCAACCGCCUCUGCCCCAUGUGCUGCCGCAAGCCCGACCUGGUGGACGAUGAGGGCUUCGGUGACGGCUUCACCCGAGAGGAGCCCACCACAGUGGACGUGUGUACGAUGACUUGAGCCUGGUUGGGACCUGUGCCGGGGGUGGCAUGACAGCAGAGGGCUCUGCCACCUCGGCUUGGGUUGGGCAGGGCAGAAUAAAGUCCCUGUAGCCCUUGGCACUUGUUGGUUCAAAAGGACAAGCAGGCUCUGGGUCAUUCUU